GCGGAAGCGAGCGGGAGUGAGGAUGUGGCUGAGCCCGGAGGAGCUGCUCCUCAAGAGCGGGCUCAAGCUCUGGCUCCCCGAGCGCGCCAACCGGUACUUCGUGCUCCAGCGGAGGAGGGGCUACGGCGAGGAGGGCGGCGGAGGAGGAGGAGGAGGGCUGGCCGGUCUCCUCGUGGGCACGCUGGAUGCGGUCCUGGAUUCCACCUCGAAAGUGGCCCCUUUCCGCAUCGUGCACCAGACCCCAGACUCCCAAGUCUACUGGACCAUUGCGUGCGGGGCCACUCGAGAAGAAAUAACAGCUCACUGGGAGUGGCUAGAGAACAACAUCAUGAAGACACUGUCUGUGUUUGAUUCCAAUGAGGACAUCACCAGCUUUGUGCAUGGAAAAAUCAGGGUAUGUGGAAACUUGAAAGCUUCUUUCUCAUUGCUGUGCAUGUGCCAAAACGGGGAGCAUAAAGUAGAUUGUGAAAUGAGUCAAUUAAAACUGGUCAUAUCCUGGGAUGACAUCUCCAGACUCGAAAAAACGUCGAAUGUGAUCCUGACGGAGAGCAUCCACGUCUGUUCCCGUGGGGAAGAUCACUACUUUUCCAUGUUCCUGCACAUCGGCGAAACGUUCCUCCUGAUGGAGCAGCUGGCGCUGUAUGCUGUCCGCAGGCUUUUCGACAAGGAGACCUUUGAAGGCGACCCGGUCCUCCACGAUCCUUUGCAAAUCACCAAGAGGGGCCUUGAGAGCAGAGCUCACAGCGAGCAAUUCAACGCCUUCUUCCGCUUGCCCAAGGAGGAGUCGUUGCGAGAGGUGCACGAGUGUUUCUUAUGGGUGCCUUUCAGCCACUACAAUACUCUCGGGAAAAUGUGCAUUUCGGAAAAUUACGUCUGCUUUGCCAGCCAGGACGGGUCCUUGUGCUGCGUCAUCCUCCCCCUCAGAGAGGUUGUAGCCGUGGAGGUUGCUGACCCGGCCAGCAAAGCGAUCAGCAUCGCAACCAGAGGGAAAAGGGCCUUCCGCUUCUCCGAAGUGAGGGAUUGGGAGCAUUUGGUGCCAAAGCUGAAGGGCCGCUGCGAUGCAGCAGCGAGUCCCCAGCAUGCUGCGAGUGUCGAGGUCUCCAUCGGCCCAAACCCAGAUCCCGUCUUGGAGGAUUAUGAGGGUCAGCCCAUGGCAAGCCUCAAGGGCAACAGCAAGAUGGUCAGCACAGAAGCCCUCAUGACUGUCUUCCACCCUCAGGAUGCCGAGAACCUGGAUGCGAAAAUGUUGAAAGAAAAAAUGAAAGAACAGUCCUGGAACAUCCUUUUCGUCGAAUGCGGCCGCGGAGUGAGCAUGUUCCGGACGAGGAAAACCCGGGACCUGAUCGUCCGAGGGAUCCCUGAGGUGCUCAGAGGAGAGCUGUGGCUUCUCUUCUCAGGUGCUGUGAACGACAUGGCGACCAACCCGGGCUACUACACGGAGCUGGUGGAGCGGUCCUUGGGGACGUGCACCUUGGCCACGGAUGAAAUCGAGAGGGACCUGCGCCGCUCCUUGCCCGAACACCCGGCUUUCCAGAGCGACACGGGCAUUUCCGCGCUCAGAAGAGUCCUCACGGCAUACGCCCACCGGAACCCCAAGAUCGGGUAUUGCCAGGCGAUGAAUAUCCUGACCUCGGUUCUCCUGCUGUACGCCAAAGAGGAGGAAGCUUUCUGGCUCUUGGUUGCUGUCUGUGAGCGGAUGCUACCCGAUUAUUUCAAUCGCCGGAUCAUAGGGGCCUUGGUGGACCAGGCCGUGUUUGAGGACCUCAUCCGGGAGCGCCUGCCGCAGCUGACGGAGCACAUGACGGACAUGACCUUCUUCUCCUCCGUCUCCCUCUCCUGGUUCCUUACGCUCUUCAUCAGCGUGCUGCCCAUCGAGAGCGCCGUCAACGUCGUGGACUGCUUCUUCUACGACGGGAUCAAGGCCAUCCUGCAGCUGGGUCUGGCCGUGCUGGACUACAACAUGGACAGUCUCCUGGCCUGUAAGGACGAUGCCGAAGCCGUGACCGUUCUCAACAGGUUUUUCGACAGCGUCACCAACAAGGACAGCCCUCUUCCUCCGGCGGUGCAGCAGGCUUCUGGCGUGAGCGAAGCCAAGAGUCCGCACCCUAAAGUGGACAUCACAGAUCUGAUUCGAGAGUCCAAUGAGAAAUAUGGCGAAAUCCGAUUUGAGGAAGUUGAAUGCAUGCGCCGCCGGAACCGGCUGUAUGUCAUCCAGACCCUGGAGGUCACUACGAAGCAAAAUGUGCUGCGUGUUGUGUCACAGGAUGUGAAAAUCAGCCCCAGCAACCUUGAGAAGCUUUAUGAAAUAUUCAAGAAAGAGCAUUUCCUCUCUUGCUACUGGACCGUGCGCAGCCCGGCCCUGAGGCACCACGACCCCAGCCUGCCCUACCUGGACCAGUACCGCAUCGACUGCCAGCAGUUCCGGCUCCUCUUCCACCUCCUCAGCCCGUGGGCAGGUUGUGCCAACAGGGACUCCCUCGCUCUGUGGACCUUCCGGCUGCUGGACGAAAACUCUGAUGGACUUAUCAACUUCAAAGAGUUUGCCGGCGCGCUUGAUAUCGUGUAUCACGGAAGUUUUACACAUAAGCUGAAGCUGCUCUUCAAACUGCACAUACCUCCAGCUUUCACCGAAGUGGAGUCCCUGAGUCCUUCCAAGGGCGCUCAGCUGUCGAAGGAAGAGCUGAUCCAUUUGAGCCAAUUGAACCUUUCUUCUCCUGGGGACAGUGUGGAUGCAGAUGGGUUGAAGAUGAGCCCUGAAAAAGGUAAUGUAAUUCAGAUUUACACCGAGAAGAUUGUUGUUCUGUUGGAUUGUUCAUCGGUUGUGUGGUACUUCUCCUCCGUUUCCCUCCUAGUUUCUUCUCCUGGGGACAGUGUGGAUGCAGAUGGGUUGAAGAUGAGCCCUGAAAAAGGGAAAGGGAAAGUUGAUAUCCAGGCCUAUCUGAAGCAGUGGCAAGAUGAACUCCUUAAGAAAGAAGAAAGCAUUAAAGACCUGCCUCGAAUGGGCCAGUCCCAGUUUAUCCAGUUUUCAAAGACUUUGUAUAACUUGUUCCACGGCGACCCGGAGGAGGAGCUGCUCUAUCGCGCCAUUGCCACCGUGACCAGCCUUUUGCUGCGGAUGGAGGAGGUCGGCCGCAAACUCCAGAGCCCCACUUCGCCGGGGAAAAGCGCAACGCUUCCAAUGUCCGACGGCAACGUGGGAGAUGCCCGGGGUCCCCAGGAGGCGCAGACUGACGACGCAUCAGCCGCAGCGCUCCAGAGCCCGAGCAGAGCCACCGGCGAGUGGUCCUUUGCUUUCGAGCAAAUUCUGGCCUCCCUGAUGAACGAGCCUGCGUUGGUGAAGUUUUUCGAGAAGCCGGUCAACGUCAAAGCCAAGCUGGAGGACGCAAAAGCUUCCCAGUUAAAAGCCAAAGCCCGGGUAUAGCGCUGGUGGUCUUUCUCUCGCCGUUUUGUGCUCAGAAACAAAGCGGAAGCAUACACUGACUUCCUCUCGGGAGGUUGGUCUUGAGGAUUGACGACGGGUCGUUUUGUGUUUUCGGCAGAGUCGAGUAAAGUCUAGCUUUGAUGCACAGUUGCACUUCAGCUUUGCGUUUCAGUCCACGUUGGAGGCUUCAGGCACGCAGUCGGCGCACGCCGGAACAUUAAGAGGAUGUGGUUGCCGAAUAUUCCAGGUGGUUGCGUUGCCGAGCUGCAGUUCUGUUUCUCACACUGAAUGUACCGCCGGCCACAUUCCCUCAAACGUGGUCUUGAGGUCCACGUGCCGUAAUGUAUGCCCCAAAGAAUCACUUCUGUCACUUUGAAUGUCGGUCUGGUCACUUGAGUGAGGUUAUUAUUACGUGGCUAUUAUCCUUACAUUGAAAUGCUUGGAAAAGUUACAGAUUCUGGCUACUUCCCUAUUGGCAUGAUGUCUAACCAGGGCUUGAGGAAGUUACUUUUCUGUACUACAACCUCUGGAGAACCCUGACCUCUGGGAGGAUAUAGUUCAUCGGAGUAACUUUCCAAGUCCCUGUAACUACCACAUAUUUCUAGGUUGUGUGUGUAUGUGUCAGGAGUGACUUGAGAAACUGCAAGUCGCUUCUGGCGUGAGAGAAUUGAUCGUCUACAAAGACGUUGUCCAGGUGACGCCCGGAUGUUUUUGAUGUUUUACCGUCCUUGUGGGAGGCCACUCGUAUGCACAGCUGGAGCUGACAGAGGGAGCUCCACCACAGAAUUGGCCAUCUACAAGGACGUUGCCCAGGUGACGCCCGGAUGUUUUGGAUGUUUUACCAUCCUUGUGGGAGGCCGCUCGCAUGCAAAGCUGGAGCUGACAGAGGGAGCUCAACCAGAGAAUUGGCCGUCUGCAAGGACGUUGCCCAGGUGACGCCCGGAUGUUUUGAAUGUUUUAGUAUCCUUGUGGGAGGCCGCUCUCAUGCAAAGUUGGAGCUGUCAGAGGGAGCUCAACCAGAGAAUUGGCCGUCUGCAAGGACGUUGCCCAGGUGACGCCCGGAUGUUUUGGAUGUUUUACUAUCCUUGUGGGAGGCUGCUCGUAUGCAGAGCUGGAGCUGACAGAGGGAGCUCAACUCGUUCUCCCUGGUUUCAAACCCUGCCAGCACAAGGGUGUAACCCAGGGGUCCUCAAACUAUGGCCCGCGGGCCGGAUACGGCCCUCCAAGGUCAUUUACCCGGCCCUCGCUCAGGGUCAACCUAAGUCUGAAAUGACUUGAAAGCACACAACAACAACAAUACAAUCUCAUCAGCCAAAAGCAGGCCCACACUUCCCACUGAAAUACUAAUAAGUUUAUAUUUGUAAAAAUUGGGUCGUUGUAAGUUUUUUCGGGCUAUAUGGCCAUGUUCUAGAGGCAUUCUCUUCUGACGUUUCGCCUGCAUCUAUGGCAAGCAUUCUCAGAGGGAGUGAGGUCUGUUGGAAACUAGGAAAAAGGGGUUUUAGAUAUCUGUGGAAUGAUGACCAGGGUGGGGCAAGGAGCUCUUCCCUGCUGGAGCUAGGUGUGAAUGUUUCAACUGACCACCUUGAUUAGCAUUUGAUGGCCUGGCCGUGCCUGGGGCAUUCUUUUGUUGAGGGGUGAUUAGAUUUCCCUGAUAGUUUCCUCUCUGUUGUUGUGCUGUUCUAAUUUCACCACUCUCACAACCACCAUGUCAGACUACACAGAGAAGCCAUUGAAAUCCACAAGCAUGUGGACAAUUUCAACAAAAAGGAGGAAAUCAUGAAAAUGAACAAAAUCUGGCUA